AUGCGGAGUCAAUCGCCGCUGCGGUACGCGCCGGAGGCGAGCGCGGCGAAGUUCACCAAGGAUCCGGUGCGAGUGGCGGCGCGCGCGGCGGACAUCGCGACGAGUCUGAGCUCGUUCGCGGCGAGCGUGGCGUUGGAUUAUCAAAGAGGCACCGUGGAGGAGAACGCGAGGAAACGUGCGGCUGAGUUGAGAGAGAAACUCACGCGACUCGGACCGGCGUUCGUGAAGGUCGGACAGGCGCUUAGUACGCGACCGGAUUUGUUGCCGACGCAGUAUCUGGAAGAGCUGAGCACGCUACAAGACGCGUUGCCGACGUUCGCGGAUGCAGAUGCGUUCGCGUUGGUAGAGAAGGAACUCGGACGACCUUUAGAGACGAUGUUCCAAAAGAUAUCGCCGUCGCCAAUCGCAGCGGCAAGUCUCGGACAGGUUUAUAAGGCGGUGACGAUGGAGGGUCGGGAUGUCGCGCUCAAGGUGCAACGGCCGAGCAUAGAGGGGGGCUUAGAUUUAGAUUUUUUCCUGAUUCGUUCGGGUGCGGUGGUGAUCGACAAGCUCGUGACGUCUUUGAACACGUCUGUGGUUGAGCUCGUGGAUGAAUUCGCCGCGAGAGUGUUCCAAGAGUUGGAUUACGUACAAGAGGGUCGCAACGCCGAGCGCUUUGCGCGACUGUACGGAGAUCGACCAGACAUCGUCGUUCCGGGGAUCGAGUGGGAAACCACGUCGCCCCGUGUCAUCACCAUGGAGUGGAUUGAAGGAACGAAAUUAAGCGACCAAGAAUCGCUCAAGGCGCAAGGCUUGGACGUGCUCGCGCUCGUAGAUUCCGGUAUUCAGUGUUCGCUCAGACAACUCUUAGAGUUUGGUUACUUUCACGCAGAUCCGCAUCCAGGAAACUUACUCGCCACUCCAGACGGUCGAUUGGCGUUCUUAGAUUUCGGGAUGAUGAGUGAGAUGCCGGAGAGCGCGCGGUACGCCAUCAUCGAUCACGUCGUUCACUUGGUGAACCGCGACUACGUCGAGAUGGCAAACGAUUACUACGCCUUGGAGUUUUUAGAUGAAAGCGUAGACGUGACACCAAUCGUGCCGGCGCUCGAAGAAUUCUUCGAUGAUGUGCUUGAAGCUACCGUAGACGAGUUGAACUUCAAGACUAUCACGGAUGGGCUCGGGGCGGUGUUGUACAAGUACCCGUUCAACGUGCCAGGUUACUACGCGCUUAUUUUGCGCUCCCUCACCGUGCUUGAAGGCUUGGCGCUCACGACGGAUCCAAAAUUUAAGGUCUUAGCCAAGGCGUACCCGUAUAUGGCGCGGCGUUUGCUCACAGAUCCUCGCCCGCAACUUCGAGAUUCAUUCGCCGAGCUGCUCUUCCAGGAUGGCAAGUUUCGAUGGAAUCGUCUCGAAAACUUGCUGCGCGAGGGCAGCAAGAGUGAUGACUACGACGCCGCAGCUGUAGUGCCGCCGCUCAUCGAACUCGCCAUCGGUGAAGAUAAGCCGGGUGAGGCGAAGAACACCCUUCGUCCGCUUAUCGAGGCAGAAACCGUGAAGGUGCUCGAAGCCAUCCUUCUCGGCUCGGCCAUGGAUUCGGCCAAGUCCGACGCUUUGGCGCCCAUCGUAGCCGCCCUUCCGGCGGAACUCCGCGCUUUACCACCGCUCACGUUCGGCAACGCCAAGCAAGAAGCCAAGCUCUUGGAAAAGCGUGAGCAAGUACUACGCAUCGUCGAAAUGUUUUCGUCGAGCAAAGGCUUUGAUCCGCAGACGCUGACGCCCUUCACCGAAGCUUUGCGCAAACCGAGCGCGAGCAUCUUCGUCCAACACGUCGCCACCGGUCUCGCCGAACGCAUCGCCGCGCGCGUGGUCAACGUCUUCUUACUUUCGCAAGAAGUUACCCCGUCGCCGGCCAAGUCUGCGGACGCGACGGCGUCUCCUCGAUGA